UCGCCUUUCUAAGCUAUAAGCUGACUUAUAGAGCGUCUAUUACUUUGCAAAUGAGAAACAAUAUCAAUAGUAAAUAAUCGAGCAACUGUUUUUCUGACUGAAAACUGAAAAGUAAUACUAAAAUUCAGCGAAUUAAAGAAAUAAUGCCUUUUUAUUUAUAAUCAAGUAUCUUUUUCCAUUAAAUAUGACAAUUGUUAUCUCUAAAUACGUAUUUAAAAUGAAAUUUUUAAGUUUUUGCCGUUUACAUUUGAAACAUUUAGGUCCAAGUUAUAUGAAUAAAACAUACUGUAGUAUUGCUACAGAAGAAAAAUCACUAUGCAAUGAAGAAUGUAAUUAUAGUCAUACUCCUGUGAUGGUGGAAGAAGUUAUUCGUGCUUUUCAACCAACUAACAAUCAGAUUUAUAUUGAUUUCACAUUUGGAGCUGGGGGACAUAGUCGCCAUUUAUUAAAUGCUGCAAAGAUACAACUUUAUUGCUUAGAUAGAGAUCCAGUUGCUUUUGAAAAGUGUAAAACAUUUGCAAAAGAGAGCAGUGGCCAGGUUACUCCUUUGAUUGGAAGGUUUAGUGAACUUCGAACUGUUUUGAAUGAGGCUGGUGUUCAGCCAGGAAGUGUAGAUGGCAUUCUCAUCGAUGCUGGUUGUUCUUCGAUGCAAAUGGACGAAGCAAAGAGAGGAUUUUCUAUCAGCAAAAAUGGCCCACUUGACAUGAGAAUGGAUGGCAACAGAUUCCCAGAUCAACCCACUGCUGCUGACAUUUUGAAUCAUCUUGAUGUUCCAAACUUAGCAAAGAUUUUCAAGUCAUAUGGGGAAGAAAAGCAUGCAAAAAAAGUUGCUCAAGCUCUGUUUGAUGCACGUUACAUGCUUAAAACUAUUAAUACAACUUCCGAGUUAGCUGAUUUGGUCCAAAGUAUUUUAGGGGGGAGCAGAUUUGAUAAAUUAAACAGAUCAGCUCAUGUUGCCACUAAAGUUUUCCAAGCUCUAAGAAUAUUUGUAAAUGACGAACUGAAUGAACUUAACUAUGCUAUGGAAAUGGCAUAUACUUAUUUGAAACCUGGUGGUAAAAUAGCAGCACUUACAUUUCAUUCCUUAGAAGACCGUAUUGUUAAACGUCAUAUUAUGGGCAUACAUAUAGAUGAACCUGUAUCUCAGACUUUAAGACAAAAAUAUCGUAAUGCAAAUGUGUUAUAUUCUCAGGAAGACAUUAAUGCUGUGCUUUCAAAGAAAUGGACAUCACUUUAUAAACAUGUAAUAACACCAACAGAAGAAGAAAUAAGUCAAAAUCCUAGAAGUAGAUCUGCGAAACUAAGAGCAGCUGUCAAAAAUAAGGUUACAUAGUAUUUAUUAAGAAUAUUUAAAUAAAUAGGUUUUUAUUGUU